CAUGGCAUCAGCGGCGGCAGCCACUGGCAGUGGUCGACGCGUUGAUCUGAGAUCUUCGUAGACGCCCGGAGGUGUGUGGCGUCGCCCAACGCCACCGGGGUCCGGGGCCAACUCCUCCUGGACCUGCCUGCACUCAACUACAUCGCUCAUCUCCAAGUGACAUUCGACUCAAGCAUCUCCGUCGGAAACUGCCCUUGCAGCAGUUUCUAACAAGGCAAGGGCACCGAGCGGGCUCUUCGGCGGGGCGGGAACCCAGGUUUCAUCUUCCCACGUUGCCAUCACUGAUCAGUGUGGCUGCUUGCAUUGUCCCCCCGAUUUGGCAGGCCCUGCUGAACUUGUACGUCCACGUCCACGACAGGCACCGCGGUAGCCACGCUCUUCUCUGAUCACGCGCAGGCGUGUAUAUAAACAUGGACGCGCCCCAGGUGCAAUGUUGUCGUCCGCUCCCACUCGCAGGCAUCUGGCCACCGCUCUCUCUGUGCACAGAGUCACCGGAUCAUCCUCUAGCUUUCUUCAUCGUCAACAUCCAAUCAGUUGAGCCCCCACGAGAACCCCAUCCCCGCCACAAUAUGUGGCCGUACCUACAAUCUGCACCGCCCGGCCCCCGGGAGCCUCGUACUCCCUCCAAGACUUCCAAGAACAAGAAAGGGAAACGGCCCGAAGUUGUUCAGUCUACGCCCCACCAGAUCAAGACCGUCGAUAGCGUUCAGGAUGCCAGCGGCUAUAUCUCGAAAGACAGACACGAGGGUUUCAUUCGCCGGGAGUACACCGAUAAGAUCCAUUGGGACUGUGAUGUCGAGAUGCUCAUACGCACUGUUUUUGGCUUCGGCUGGGAACACAUACCCCCGACUCCGUAUCGCAGGGCGGGCGUGAAGGGGAAGGAGGCAAAACACUACUCGCUCUUGGGACCGGAUCUUAAAUUAUACCGCAAGAGCAAAGAGCGGGCCGGCUAUGCACCGUUCAACCUUAUGGCCAACGGGUUUUUGGCGCAGCUCUACGGCCCGAACGACUCGGCGCACGACACGCGUCAAGCGACCGCCGAUGUCAAGGAGCGUCAGCAACGGCUCGAAACUGUCAAACAGCACUGGACGCGGUCCGACCGUAACUGUACGCCGCGCAUGUACGCGGGCCGCUUUAUUACCCAAGACCGCGAAGCUAUCGGCAACCGCAAGUCAAGGGAUAAGCCGGAUGGCACCUACGGUGUUGCGAAGGAUACGCUUGUGUGGGAGUGGGAGUUGGUCCCCAUAGAGGUCGGGAAGUCGGAGGAAAAUGUCAAAAACAGGUUGCGAGACAUAUUCGUCCGCUGCGAGAAUGGUACAUUCAUUAUAUCGCAGGCGACUCAUCCCCGCUCACAAGGCGAGCGCGAUGCAGCUGGGGAGGGUCCUAUUGACCAGACCGGGGCGGACCAAGACCAGCCUGUAUCGCAGGCUGGAGACGAGGCUCCUGAGGACGAGAUUGCAUCAGAAGCUGAGGUUGAGGCCCUCCUCGAAGACGAUACUCAGGACGCAGAUACGUCAACUGAAGACGUACCACAGGAGACCGGCGAUGCCGUUUCCGUGAGCAAGCGCACGGCCGAGGAGGCGAUCCCGGCACUCGGUUCCAAGCACACGCGUGCCACAUCCGAACCAUCUAGCGGACACCGCCGCAUGACCGGCAAGGAGGUCCAAAUCGUGCGAUACGUGAAUCAUAUCAUGUCGUCCAACGUCCGCUCAUAUGCUAUCGGACUCCUCAUCGAGGGAAACAACAUGCGACUCGUCUACGGUGACCGCAUGGGUCUCGUGUUCACGAGAGCAUUCGAGUUCUUGGGCAAGGAAGCCCCUCUGUUUCUCCUGGUUCUUGCCGCUAUGGGAGGUGCAGGCGUGCACGACUUGGGAAUCCACCCGUUCCUGAUCUUCAACGAGACCAUCGAGCGCCGAGAUGUCUUCCAUCAUGAGUUUGGCUAUACGCUGCCCAACAUGCUUGUUCGAUUGGAGGUUCCGGAUGCACAGGGCGCCUCACGCCAGCUCGAGUUCGACAUCGACACCGACAAUUCCGAAGAGAUCCGCCCAGUCGACACCGCGUUCGGUCUCAUCGGUCGAGGGACGACCAUCAUCGCUGUCAAGGCCAGGCGUGGCCCUGCGCUGGAGAUGUGCGGGUCGGAACCGCUCGUUGCGAAGGUGGCGUGGCCACACAAGGCGCGUCAGGCCGAAGACAGGAUGAUCCGUACUGUUCGUCAGCAGUUGGCCGCGAAGAAACCGAAAUACCUGGACUAUAUCGUAGACCUGAAGUGCGCCGUCACGAAGAGCAUCGAGGAGAUGGGGCUGCCCCGUGUCGCGAUGGGGAUUAUCCCCGAGGAGCAAGACCUGCGCGUCUGCCGCACUUUGAUCCUCAAGCGCUACCAACGUUUGGAGGCCAUCGGAUCUGCGCAGGGUUUCCACAUCGUGUUUGUGGAUGUCGUUCGUGCUCAUCACUGGGUGUACGAGACGUCGAAGAUACUUCACCGCGAUAUCAGCAUCAACAACAUCAUGUGGUUCAUCAAGGACGGGCAAGUCAUCGGCGUGCUUUGCGACUGGGACCUCGCGGAAGAUCAUAGCAACGGCGACGUUCAGUCUGUUCUAAAAGCGGCAGCGAGCGCUUCAUGGUUAUCAUGGAUAACUGGGGGUGCGAAGACGGUCAAUCCGUCGAACGAACCGCAGAGCCAACCCGACGCGGAGCAAGUUCCGGGGUCGACGAGUGCGCCGCUGGAGGGCGACCAUAUGCAAAAACCGAGAUACCGCACUGGGACUGGCCCGUUCAUGGCGCUGGACCUUCUACGCAAAGAGGGUCCUCCAAUGCACAAGUAUCGCCAUGACCUUGAAUCGUUCUUCUAUCUCUAUGCCUACGCCGCCGCCGGAUACGAUCCGACAAAUAAAAUAUUCCGACCGAUCAAGCAAUGGCAACUCGAGUCGCUCCUCGCCAUCGGCCAGGCGAAACACUGCUUUUUGAUAGAUGCUCGGGAGAAUGAGGACGUCUUUUCCUCCGCUCACGAAGAGUUCAAGCCAUUGCUGACACCAGAAGGUUUCCUGAUGCAGCUGCGAUGGAUGUUCAGGAUCGUGGAGCGCGACAUGGACACGAUCCAGGACAUCAGGAACAGUGCGAUGUACCGCAGGCUUCGUUCCCCGGAAGAUGUCGAGGCCGAGGUUCGUGAAGUUGAGAAGAAGAGGGACGAGGGGGUUACAUACAGUGAGUUCAUGAGCAUACUCGGAGCGUCGGAGGAUAUGUAGACUCGAUUUUUCUGUCUUUUCUACGGCACUUGUAUUGGUCUUCACAUCUGUCCCAAGUAUACACAAGACGAGCGCGGUCGUCGCUUCUCCUUUCCUUGACUAUAGCUAGAUCGGUCUGUUAUGACGUGCUUCAUCCAUCCACGUCACACGUCCUGUCUUCUGUAGUAACACACGAUGUCGUUCACCACCAUAUGCUCUCAACUCACGGCCCUCGUGCCAUAUUGUGUAUAGCGUACCAUCACAACGACG